AUGAAGAUGAAUUUCCUAAAGAAUAAUAGCACCAUUUUGAUUGUUUUGGUGAUCCUCUCGGUGGCCUUUUUGAGCAAUCAUGGGGUUGAGGCAACAAGAGUGUUGCAAGAGGACUUUGCUCAUGCUAAUCACCUUCAAACACACUACCCUCCCUCUGUCUACCAAACCGCAAAGAACACCAUGGCCUGUUGGCUCCAAAUAUUGGCUUCUGGGCCUAGCCCUAGAGGCAGUGGUCACUAG